AAACAAAACACCCUCCAUCAAUCCUGGACGCACCUCGCAAUAAUGCCACAAUUCACAAGUCUCGUCUGAAUAGCAUCAUCAAAAUCAUGACUUCGUUCGUAGUCCCCGGACAAAUCCUCGCCAGCACAUCAACACACAUCCCCGGCCCAGGCACACACGUCUACGAGAGCAACAUACUCGCCUCUAUAAUCGGCACAUCAACACUCUCAAAGACCUCCACUGCCAGCAAACCUACGAUCUCCGUCCCCCGUCAACAAUUGAGCAGCGACAGCUCUCUCCCCAAAGUAUCUUCCACAGUCCUCGUCCGCGUAACCAGAGUCCAACAACGCCAACUCUCCGCCUCAAUUCUCCUGGUCGAUCCACGUCCAGAAGACGUCCUUUCCUACACCCAGACCACCAACGACGAUCUACAAUUCCAAGCGGUCCUGCGCCGCGAGGACGUCCGCACCCACGAGAAAGAUAAAGUCGUGAUGAACGAUAUGUACCGUGUCGGGGACAUCGUGCGGGCCACGGUGAUCAGUCUCGGCGACGAGAGGAGCUACUACAUCAGCACUGCGGGUAAUGACUUUGGUGUGGUGGUCGCCACGAGCGAUGUGGGCAAUGCCAUGGUCCCGGCGAGUUGGAAGGAGAUGCGUGAUGUGGUUACUGGCCAGGCGGAGAGCAGAAAAGUCGCAAAGCCGUCAUGAGCUUUUGCUUGACGAAGAGAUUGUCAAACGAUAAAGUUUGAAUAUCUUCACCACUCGCCAAAGUCACUUGGAUGGGCAC